AAAAAAAAAAAAAAAAAAAAAAAAAAAAAAAAAAAAUACGAUAGGUGAUAGUAAAAAUGUAUAUAUAUAUAUAGCGAACAUAAUAUCCCCCGUGAAGCAAAGGAAGCAAAAACUGUACAAAAACGACGUUAACGUUAUAGAAAGACAACAAUAAAACGGAUCAAACGCUAAAAGACUGAGAUGUAGAUUCAGAGCAAAAGAGCUGAAUGAUAUUCGCUACUUUCGUCUCUUUUUACAAUUAACCUGCGACAUAUCAACGUAAAAUUAUUAAAGUACACCUGUGCACCAUUUGGAAACUUAAACAUCAUACACGACUUGGCAAAAUAUAAAACAACAAAUGGAAUACGAAGAAAUUUAGUGUUUUCUACGCAACAUGAAGUGAAUGGAAUAAAUACAUGUAGCAAAAAAAAAAAAAAGUGUUUUCUCCAUUUCGAGUGCGGUGCGGGUUCUAGAUACACAACCACACGUAGUGCGUGCAAAAUUUUUUCCGAAAAGAUUGAGGGCGAAGUUCAAAAGCCAAUUUACGAGAGGGGAGCCCGGAAGCGUCUCUCUCUGUGUACCUCUUCAAGCGCUGGGCAGAAGAAAUGGGUUGUGGACAGAGCAAAAUCGGCAACCUCUACUCGAAGAACAAGAAAAACAAGAGCAACGUCAAGAGAAACGGCUUCUCCAUUCGCUCGGCGUCCAUAGAGCAAAAAAACGGCAACAACAAGCCGAGCAAGACCAACAACAACGGGGCCGAUGUGAACAGGAACGAGGAACAGAAUGGAUCGCUCGACAAGAACCAGGCGAAAAAGAAGCCCGUCGUGCCCGGCGGCACGCCUCUGCUGCAACAGACAGAAAUAUCAAACAGCCAGCUGGACUUCUUCAGGAUGCUCGACGAAAAAAUCGAGAACGUAAGUAUCUUGCCACUUGAAUCGAAUGCACAGAAAGCAAACAAGAUGAAUGUAUAG